AGGACCACAGAGAGAGGAGCGAUAAAGAAGGACUCAGUGAAAAAGACGGAGACAAAGGAAGUUUGCAACUGAGAGGGAGACGUUAAUGUGGGAUUUCCACAAUGUCAAAGCUGAAGGAGACCAAAGACGGCUCCCCAAAGAGCUCAAGCAAGAUCAGCAAGUCCCAGGCCAGCAACUUGGCUCUGCUGAUCGCCAAGAUGCAAACCAAUGCCGACCAGGUAGAGAAGGACAUCCUGAAGUCAGAAGAGAUGCUGGCUGUGGAUGCUGAAAAUGAAAAGAGAGAUCUCCCCUUCCAGCAUCAAAGUCAGAUAUCGACCAAACUGUCCCAGGCAGAGAACCUGCUCAAAGACCUUUUUCUUGACGUUGAUAAGGCCAAGAAGCUCAAACACCCGCAGGCCAAAGAGAUUAAGAGAGACAUCAUCCACCUUCACGAGCGAUGGUUGAAGGACUGUUCCUUCUACAGAGACGUCUAUGACCAGAUAGACGAUGUGUCAUUGCUGCCCAGAAUUAACUGGGGGCCCAUUUUGAAUCAGAAGCAAAAACAGUUGGAUGCGGAGGACUAUGGUCCAACCAUGGUGGAACUGGAGAAGCAGAUCGGCGCUCACAACAUCUUUCAUAAAGAGAUCAAAGCUUACAGCUCCCAGCUUUGUGUCAGCUCAUCUGGCAGCAAGGAGAAAUAUGCCAUCUUUAAGAAACAAUAUAGCAACCUGCUUGACAACUCCAAGUGGCGCCGCCACUACCUGAACAGCCUCUACGAGUACAUGCAGGGCUGCAUGAAGGAACUGAACUUCUUUAAAGAAGAGCAGGACAAGAUCACAAAGCAGGACUGGAGCGACCAUAUGGUGGAUCCACCGCAUCUUCGUAGGCAGUAUGAGAAUUUUAAAAACGAUGGUCUUUUGAUCCAUGAGAGUGAAGUGAUCAGACUCCAGGACGAAGGUAACCGACUCAUCGAACUGAACCACCCAGCCAGUGAAAUAAUACAGACCCAUUCUGAGGCUGUAAGGAACGAGUGGCAGAAGUUCCUUAAUCUCUGCAUUUGUCAGGAAACCCAUCUGGACAAUGUCGAUGAAUUCAAAAAGUUCAAAACAGACACAGAGCAGCUGUCAGAGACACUGACUCAACUCAGAAGAACCCUGGACCCAAAGUCGGUCAGUAAGAACAGUCAGUCAAGGACGCUUCUGCAGCUGGAGGGAGAGGAAGCAAUUGUGCAGGACUGUGAAGAACAGCUGAGUGACCUGAAGAUACGAAGUUCAACCAUCUCUCCUCUGAAACUGCGUCGAAUCUCCUCCCCGGAACCCUUAACAGUGGAGUCUGUUUGUGACUGGGAAACAGACCAGGCUUCAACAUCAAGAGGGGAAACGUUUACUCUGAAAUCCCUCUCUGGUGAUCUCAACUGGGAUGUUAUCUCCGCUGAUGGAGAAACUAAAACUUUCCCAGGAGUUUGCUUCCAGAUCUUACCUCCUGACCCAGAUGCCAUUGAUAAAGUUGGCCUUUUGUGCAAUGACCUGGAAGAUAUCAAGAAAAGGAGAGAAGCUCUGGUAGCGUCCCUGGAUAACCACAGAUCAAAUUUCUCCGGAGCUCAACAGUCAGACUCCCCAGACCCAAGAUUAGCCGCUCUGGGCCAGCAGCUGGACCAGCUGGACGCAGACCUGGCCAGCAUAGAGGAGAGCAUGCUGAGCCGUCUGAGAACGCCACUGAGCCGAAACGAUCCGGCUGGAGAUCUGGCACAGAGGCUGAGGGAGCAGGAGCAAGCUGCCGAGGAACUCAAGGAUGUGGAACAGCAGAUCCAGUCAGCAGAGGCUGACCUACAGCCAUUGCUGUCUGAGGAUCCUAACAACACCUUGUCUGGACUGUCGCUUCAACUCAGUGCUGCUAUCAACAAGUAUGACAGCUUAACUGCGCUGGCGGACCUCUACGAUCAAAAAGCAAAUGCGUCUCUUAGCCUGGAGAGUCAAAUUCAAAGGGUGGAUGGCCUUGUUUCUGGACUUGAAAGAAAACUCAGUGAAGACGGUCUGAUUCCAGACAUAGCAAAUGCAAUUCAAACCCACGAGGAGGACAUUCAGAGCCAGCAGAGGUUUGCUGCAAGGAUCCAGGACGAUAUGAUAAAACUGGAUGAGGAUCUGGAGGCCACUGAGAACUUUUGCAGCUCUCUGCAGCAAGGCUACCAGGAGUUCUGUCCAGACAUCCAACGCCAGACGAGGGACGUCAAGCAGCUGCAGAGUCGCUACGCAAAUGUUACCAACCAGCUAAAGGAAAGAGAGAACAUUUUACAAGAGGCUUCAUCAAAGUACCAGGAGUUCCAGAGCUUGUGCAAAUACCUCCACUCUUCCCUGGACAACCUGCCAACAAAUAAUAUAAACACCAGUGAUGGAGUGUCGCAGGUGACGGCAAAGCAGAGCUCCCAAGAGAAAGUGAUGAAGUACCUGAAACAAAAGGAGGAGGAUGUGGACAGAGUUACCGCCAUCUCUCAAGAUCUGCAGAAUCUACUCAAUGAUUAUGAGGCGAAUGCUAAUAAAUACAACGGUACCCUUGAAGAUAUUGGAAUGACUCUUCCAAAAAGGGUUCAAAUGCUCACACUGGUUGAUGCCAUUGAGAACGAGGAGAAAAAAUUGGUGAACCGUUUUGCAGAAGCAACAGCAGAAAACACUCAACGCCAAAGACACAUGGGCUUGGCUAGGAAUCUCAUUUAUCAAAAUGAAGAAGUUGUUCAGAUGGUGUCACAGCAGCAGGUGGAGCUUGAAAACCAUCAAAAAAGUGGCUUUGAAGUAGAUGGCUUGCUAAAAGAACUAGAGGAAGAGAAGGAGAGGACGGUCCGUGCCCACAUGGAGCUAAAAACUUUAAAAAACAAAAUGAUGUCCAUCAAGAGUCAGGGGAGCUUUGAGGAGACAGAAGUACUGCAGUACUACCGUGAUCCUAAACUGGAAGGUGAUCUGGCUCAUUUAAAGAACAAACUUAACAAUGAAGUCCUGAGGCGGAGCUCAACCCAGUCAGAGAUUGAAGCAAUAAACAAGAAAAUAAGUGAGCUCCAGGACGCCCUUAAACACAUGUCCCCCAGACUGGUGACUAGAGAGGUAAUAGAGCUUGAAGUAGAUCCUCAGCUGGAGGAAGAGGCCGCCAAGAUGCGACACGAGAUAGCAAAAACUAGACAUGAAAUCCGAAUGAAAGAAAGAGAGGAAGUCCAAAUGAAGAAGGAAGUCACAGCUUUGCAGCAGAAUGGAUCACCAAUCAAAGAGAGAUUAUUUGGUAGUGAAGGACAGAAUGGCCAAACAUUCAAUGUAUUAAGAACAUUUGAGGCUGACAUUUCUGAGGAGAAAAAUAAAUGCAGGCUUCUCCAUGAUGAAAUCUUUCAGAUAAGAAAUCAGAUAAACACACUUGAAAAGCUUAUUCCGAACAUUCAGUCAAAAGCCCUUUCUAGGGAGGUAAGAAGGGUUGAGCAAGACCCUGAACUUCUCGCAGAAUUCAGCAAGCUCCAAACAAGCUUGGAGGAAGAGAAGUCUGAAAACAGCUUUUUGUCCAAGGAAAUAUUGGAGCUACAGAAACGCUACAGAGAGGUUCAAGACAGGACGGCAGGUUUCGAGGUGAAAGAAGUUGUAAACGAGAUCUAUGUAACCGACCCUAAUACAGAGAUGGAGAUUACUCGUCUUCGAAAAAAAAUCGAGUAUUCAGAUGUACAAUUUGCUGAUCUUAAAAAUGAGAUUGCAGCGGUAACUGUUGAUUUGAACAGGCUUUAUUCAGAGAAACCAAGAGUAGAGCUCAAAGAAGUUCUCCAAGAGGUGGUGAAAGAGGAAACAAGCCCUGAAAACAAGCGAGAGAUCCAAAGGCUUAAUGAUCAGGAGAACCGCCUGAGCAGCCAGUGUACAUCCCUCCAGGACCAAGUUAGACAACUGCAUAAAGAGAGAGACGAAUGGAAGGAGGAAAAGUCAAAAAUAGAGACCCAAAUUGUCUCCAGAGAUGUAAUCAAGUAUGAGCCAGAUCCACUGCUAGAGAAGGAAGCUGACCGUUUGCGCAGGGCCGUGCGAGAGGAAGCACAAAUAAGGCGAAAUAUUGAGGAGAUGGUUUUUGACCUACAACACAAAUACAUUCUGUUGGAGAGACAGAAACCAGAAGAGAAACUGGUUGUUCAGGAGGUUGUACGCCUUAAGAGGGACUCAAGGCAAGUAGAGGAAUAUGAUAGGCUCAGCAGGAGGCUGGAUGAAGAAGUAAAGAGUCGUCGUCAGUUGGAUCUAGAGGUACAGCAACUAAGGACCAAGUUGGAAGACAAAGAGUGUACUUUAAGGGAGAGUGAUGAGCGCAAAAAAAGGAUUCAAGCUGAAUCAAAGCUUAAAGAGAUCCGACUACGCAUCACACAACUGGAAAAUACCCCACAUUCGGUUGAGGAGAGUGUAGUAGUUGAGGAAGUACUGAAGAUUGAAAGAGAUCCAAAGCUGGAGAGAAUGACAAAUGGUUUGCGUUUUGAUAUGGAGAAGGAAACUCACAAUAUUUUGCGCCUACAGAGGGAAAUCCGUAAUGUCAAUUUAAAGCUUCAGAUUCUGCAGAAAGAGAAGUCUAAUGAAAAGACAGUGUACAAAGAGGUUGUUCGUGUGGAGAAAGAUCAAGCUCUUGAAGCUGAGAGACGUCGUCUGAGGGAGCAGGUGUCACAGAACAAAUUUGCCAGACAAGACAAGGAGGACGAAAUUAGACGUCUUAAUAACAAAGUCAACAUUUUGAUGAGCAAGAAAUCUAAUAAUUCAAGAGAUGAGGUAACUCUUAAUCUAAACAAAGAGGCCCUAUUAAGGGAAAAUAACAGUUUGACCAGAGAACUCAGGACUCUUGAAGCAAAGAAACACGACAUACAUCUCUCUUUCCAGCAACGCAGUCGACUGAUGAGUGAAAGAACACACAUGAGCAAAAAGAGAAGUCUGAAGAUGGAAUCGGAUGUCCAGCAGUUGGAGAGGCAGAUCUUGGAAGAGAAAGAUAAGAUUCAUCAACGGGACAGUACAAUCCAUGAGAUUCUGAUGCACCUACAGAAAGAGGAACAAGGGGAGACCAUGACCAAAGAAACCAAUGUCUCUACCAAAAUCACAAUUUUGGAUCCAGAAACUGGCAAAGACAUGUCUCCUUAUGAUGCCUACAUCGGGGGGCUGGUUGAUCGCCAGCAGUAUAUUCAACUGGAGGAGCUAGAAUGUGAUUGGGAAGAUGUAACCUCCGUGGGCCCUGAUGGAGAAACAUCUGUCCUACAGGAUCGUAAGAGUGGAAAGCAGUAUCCUGUCAGAGAUGCUAUUAAGGAAGGAAGACUAACAGAGUAUGAUUUACAAUUAUACAAACAAGGCAAGCUUCCUAUCUCAGAGUUUGCCCUUCUUGUUGCAGGUGAUAAGAACAAGCAAUCCAAAUUCAACUCAGACACCCAAAAGCCAAAUCCAUCAGUGAAAUCUCCAUCUUUAGACAUUACCUCUGCCAUUGAACUGCAGCCGAUUGCAGGAAUAUUGGACACAUAUACAGACACCUGCUUUACCAUCCACAACGCCACUUUGCAAAAGUUGAUUGACCCUAUCACUGCCCAAAGGCUGUUGGAGGCUCAAGCGGCAACAGGGGGCAUCAUCGACAUCAGUAAUAGUGAGAGAUAUAAGGUUCACAAGGCGGCACAAAGAGGUCUCAUUGAGGGUAGCCAAGUCCAAAGGCUGCUUAAUGCAGAGAAAGCUUUCACUGGAGUUGAAGACCCCAUGACCAAAGAACGUCUGUCUGUCGGAGAAGCCGUUCAGAAGGGCUGGAUGCCAAAAGAUUCAGCAAUUCGAUACAUGGAGGCCCAGCACCUGACGGGGGGGCUAGUAGAUCCCGCUACUGGUCGCAGAGUUGACGUUUGUGAUGCCAUUGGAUCAGAAAUGAUUGACGGCACAACAAUGAAGUAUCUGCAAAAUGAGGAAGGCUACAAAAAGGACAUCAUAGACCCUAUCACAAAGGAUAAGAUCAACUACAAGGAAGCUCUGAGUCAUUGUAAGAAAGACCCAGCGUCAGGCUUACCGAUGUUGCCUGCCUCCUCCAAAGAGUCUGAAUAUACCCCAGCAAACAACUCUUCAAAAUUUUUCCAUUUCUAAAUUCACUUUAAAUAAUACCACAAGUAUUUAAGAUGACUCAAACUUUCAUCACUUUUAUCUCAUCAAAGAAUUGAAGAAGGUCAAGUUUGAUAAUUUGACCAGAGUCAAUUUUAUGAGUUGGUAGGUAAAGAACAUAAACUUCUUCUGAGCAUCUAACUCUGAGGCCAUAAUGACCAUUGCAACAGUAUGCUAGGCACCGUAGGAACAGAUCAAGAAACCUAUAUCAAUUGGGUUUCAUUUAUUUAAAAGUUAGCAUGGAGGCAGAAGAUAUGGAGGAUAAAACAGAGAUAACUGUUGAGUGUAAAUGGUAUGCAGAACUGAACGGGAGCAUGCCAGACACAACCGAACCGCUCUAACAUGGUACUAGUUCAUCAGUAGGACUCGGCGCAGUUCAGUUCAGGUUCGGUUCUCAGAUAACAAAGAGUGCAUGAGCAGACCGUGUCAUCUUCUGACAGUUAGCCUCCGUAUUCAUGAAACUUCAGACAUUCAUAAAAAUACUAGCUUUUCUCCUGUGCCACAUGAUUUCCAGUGAUGAUUCUGCUUAGCAGUGUGAUGAAUCUCAACGUCUGUUGUUGUUUCCUGCGUCUGUAAGUCCCAAUUGGACUGUCGUUUUUUAAUAUCCACUACCAAACGCUGACAUUGUCAACUAAAUUCAACAAAGGCUGCCUUCUUCGCCUGACCCUCCGCAAACUUCCUGAAUGUUACGGGUGCCGCCAUGUUGGUUUGCUUGUUUAACUCUUGAGAGCAGUAGUACCUCAGACCGCCACUAGGAGGCGAGGAGCCAUGUUAGCGCUGUGUGUAAAUGGUCUUAAGGAACAGAGAUCAGCACUGUUAACUGAUCGAAGCUUGGCACAGGUCGGUUUUCAGAGGGUAGUGGAAAUGGGGCUAAUCUUUCUUGAUUGUACACUAGGCAGCUAGAGAAUCCUGAAAAAAAAUUGAAUCAUGAAAUUUGUUUAGAUCCUUUUUCACUUACUAAGCAUGGACAAAGUUUUAAUUGUCAAACUUACACAAAAAGACUAGCAAUAAUAGCUAGAGCAGAGAGAAACCAAGGCUGAGGAUGUGCGCAGAAGGAACCUGCUGUUUAUCAGUUGUGGUUUGUGGACGUAGAUUUAGACGGAAAUGUAGUGGAAGCAUAAUGGAGCAUUUGCUGAAAAACUGAGAAAGCAUGUUAUACAUUUGAAAGCUGAAGCAUAUCAAAACAAGGAGUUAAGAUGUAGAUCGCGCGUGUAAAUAAAAUACUAAGCGAUAUUCAGGUAGGUAUUUGGUACUGGUCAAGAUUGUUGAGGGUGUUGAUGAACCAACGUGGUUAAAAAUGGCUGUGGCUUUGUUUUUGGUUGAUGGCAGUCAAAAACUGAUAAUGCCCAUGUCAAUUCCUAGCAACAGCAAUAAUACUUAUGCAAGCUUGGAAUCCAGGGGUUGUAAGUUUAAAACCCACUCCCACAGACUGCCACUCUGGGUUUCUGAGCGAGACCCCAGAUUGCUCCCGGGCGCCCAACAAUGGCAGCCCACUGCUCCUCAAGUGGAUGGGUUAAACUCAGAGGUACAGGAAGUGGUGGCCUAGUGGUUAGGGCAUAGAGCUUGGAACCCUGGGGUUCUGUGUUGAAAACCCACUCCCACAGACUGCCACUCUGGGUUUCUGAGCGAGACCCCUGACUCCUGGGUGCCCUAUGAUGGCAGCCCACUGCUCCCCAAGUGGAUGGGUUGAAUGCAGAAGUAGAUAUCUCCAAUGUGAGAUCAAUAAAGUUCAAUUAUUAUUAUUAAAAUGAAGAUAGUCUGCUGCAUAAUGAAAAGCUUACAAGAUCUGUUAAUAAAAUAUGUAC